AUGAUUCGCAACCCAAUCUGUCGUAUCGCAGAUGCUAUCGUCGAUGAGUCGCAGGUGGUCGGUCAAUCAUUGCCUUCAGGCUCCGCUAAAGAGGGUGUAGACAGUGGAAACGAACCAUUCCCAUUCGCGAAGGUGCAGCUACACAUACGAAGAGCGUCUAUGAAGCACCCCGGACGCAUCUAUUGUUCGGUCUCGGUCUUCCCCCUCACUGAAAGCCAUCACUGCUCAAGAUCUUUACUCGGCGCUAAAAAGAAGAAAGAAAAAUACCGCUCAACUGUGACACCAAAGCAACGGCUUGUUGGUGGAGACUUCGCUUAUGCAUCCGAGUUCAGAUUGUAUAAGUUCGGGGGCGCUUUUUUGGAAUGGUCACAUUCCGUUCGACCGGGGAUCUUUGCAACUGCUUUCUACGUUGCUUAUGAGAACACGGAAGCUGUGGCAAACUUUCUGGGAACAGCGUCGAUCACCAAAGUGGAAGCGCCUGGAGGUUCUGAGCCUCCCAAGAGCGGUUGUUCCGGACUCGUGUGCGGAACCGCGGGAAGCCAAUCUUGGGAAGAUCGGUGCCGUGCCGCUUGCUGUUUCACCAAGAAAUCAGACAUCAUAAAGCCUGACUGCGUUUGGCUUCACGUACACGUCUCGGAACCAAUCUGGCCUCAUUAUCGAAGUCCGUCGUAUUCGGAAGAUGCUGGACUGCCAGCGACAACCGGAGCAGGGCUUGUUCAAGGUUCUCAAUAUGUACAUAGUACUGGAUCCCGUGUAACGCUCGAGAUAUCUGUCGAGGUAGCAAGUUUGAUUGCAGCCCAGCCUGCCAGCAUGCCGGCAGCGUCGAGCACUGUGCCAAGCCUGCAGGGCUAUUCUACCCCUGUAAUCUUGCAUACGAAAAGAAAACCGUCCCGUCUUGGUUCCUUCAGCUGCCGAUCUAGAACCCUGAUCUGCGCGGAUGCUUCUAGAGCACGAAUUCCUUCAGCCUCCGUUAAGGUUGGCUUCUCAUGGUGUGGGGAAGCGGGGAUACUGUCGGACACCGCUUGGCUACAAGUAAUUAUUGGUACUAAACCGUUGCAUCAGCCUUCGAACUGA